AUGGCUGGCCUGCGUGGGGCGCCGGUUUCUUUCGUGGCUCGUAGUGCCAUCAUCGCGAAGCGAUGUGCUUGGCAGGUUGCCAGCUGGCAGAGGAGCAUGGCUGAAGACUCGUUCGAGGAUGCCAGCGCGGCCAGGGCAUUUCUGAGAAAGUUUCUGGUAAAGAAGGAGGGCUCGGUACUGCGCGCAUGGCUCCAGCGAUUGGACCCGGAAUGCGAGCGGUUGGUCACCGAGCAGAAAUUCAUGCGCUACAUGCGUGAUGCAAAAUGCCCAGCAGAGGCAGUGAUACUCUUCGAAAAACUCGACGAAGAUGGGGGAGGCGAACUCUCCCUUCAGGAGCUGGACGAGGUGGAAGCCACGCUUUUCCACGACUUUCAGGAGUUUUGCGUGGCAAAAUUCCGGAGAGGAAUCGAGGACUUCAUGCGAAACAUCGGCGAGUGCAAUGCCUGGGAUCCCAUCGAUGAGGUCACCAUUACCUUUGAGCAGUUCCGAGACGCUCUGCAGAGACUUGGCUGGUGUGAGGGGCAAGAAGACCUGCUGUUCGAUGCAAUGAGUGCAGACAAGCAGCUGCUGACUUCAGAGAACAUGAAAUGGUUGGGCGUCGAAGUACGGCGAUCACUGCGGAAGGAGAAGGCCAGACAGGCAGCCUUUCAGGAGCAAAGGCUGCAGGAGAGACGGGUGAAAUACAACCCCAGCAAGACUUUACUUGAAUUCAAGCAAAUGCUGAAGAAGAAGUUUGGGGGCUCUCUGGUGCGUGCCUGGCGUGCUGCAUUCUGCACUCGAAACACAAUGUCCAUGCAGAAGCCGCAGUUCCUAAAGGCUUGCGCUGAGCUGGGCUGGCGCAAGGACGUUCGGGCAAUGUGGUACCUGUUGGACAAGGACGCCAACGGCUGCGUGACUGUGGAGGAGUUUGACUACGAGAAUGCCCAGGCACUUGCACGCUUCCACAAGUACAUCUUGCAGCAUUUCAGGAGUGUGGAGACGGCCUUCAAGGUGCUGGAUGUGGACAGAAACCUUUACGUCCCCAAAGAGGAGUUCGAGGCCGCCGCCGGGCGGAUGGGCUUCGAGCCCGCCGUGGCGGAGCAGAUUUAUGCGGCGCUGGACCUGAAAGCCAUGGGCAAGAUCUUCGAAGAGGACAUGCGAUUUCUCGACACGUGGAAGCCCCGCGCUUUCCUCACGGCAGAGGCCAAUCAUGCAGCUGCUGACCAAGUGAAAUCUAGGCUACUGAAGAAAUAUGGCAGUUUUCUUCGCGCAUGGAGGCUCUGCUUGGAUAAGUCGAGCAACAACAUGUGCUCGUGGGAAGAGUUUCGGGAUGCCUGCAAGGAGGUCGGCUGCCAGGAGGAUGCUCCAGGCGCCUGGGUUGCACUCGAAUCUCGGCGUGCAGGAUCUCUUACGCUCCAGGAUGUUGACCCAACUGCUGGUGAAGCACUGGCGGAAUUCCGUGAUUGGGCAGUGGAACAGUUUGGCAGUGUGAAAACCUGCUUCACGGUUCUUGAUGAUGAUGGGUCCAAUGAAGUGACACCAUUUGAGUUCAAACAGGCAUGCCGAGCAUAUGGCUUCAAAGGAGCAGCAAAGUUGGCAUUCAAGGCACUGGACACUAAUGGACGGGGCAUCCUAUCAACAGACGACAUUUCCUUCCUCGAUGAGUGGACGGGGUCAGAGUCUGGGCUCGAGGAGCCCAUGGACGUCGGCCUUGCCGAAGACGCGCUUGAUGCUUCGCGCGCCCCCAGCAAGUCUUCCCGGCCCCAGGCGCUUCCGGACAUGGUGAAAUUGGUGGACGAGCUGGAUUGGCAAGAAGGAGCCUUGCACCCCGCCUUUCGGAUGUGGGCGAACAGGAAGCGCAAGAAGCCUGUGAGGAAGCCGGAUGGUUCCCUGCCCCCCUUGCUGGCGCAGGUUGACUUUGGCGACCCGCACUUGGCGAAGAGGCCAGUGCUCCUGCUGGCCCCAGUCCCACUUCAUGGUGCCCGGGACAAGGAGGCCAGGAGAGCCAGGAGGCAGAAGCCGAAGCCUGGACUGGACACCUUGUUGAAUUUCAGAUCGCCUCGGAUUGAUCGGUCAUACAGGAACAUAUAG